GUUCGAUCUCUCAAGCUCAUUUGUACACUUACACGGAUCUCAAUCGAUCAUAUUCCCGGGGUUCCCCAACGCGCACAUCACCUGACCGUGAAUUGAUGGUCCCUGCCAGCACAUGUAUGUGGAUGUGUUUGCGCAUCAUCAUAUACCACACAGCAUCUCCCCCUUCCUUCGCGCUAUCCACUUCAAGUCCACUCUUUUUUGCUCUCCGAGCUACAAAGCCGUUUCGAUGUCUAUGAACACCGCUCAUACACCAGGAUCCUCGACCUUCGAUGCACGGCUCCACCCUCAGUCGGACCCUGUGCCAGGUGUUGACCCCUUCACAAGGGCGCCGGAUUCGCCACCAGGGGUUGCAUGCCCUCAGCCCGAGGAGCAUUCGGGGAACAAUCGUUUGGAGUGCGGUGUUCACGAUGAAGAUGAACAACUCGAGCCAGUCGACGAUACGUCAGGUGGAGUGGAGAGUGCGGCUAUGGGGCGGCGGAGAAUACAAGGGGGCGAUUACAGCGUAUCGGAAGGCACCGCCACCAUGGCCUCGGGCUCAGCUUCGAUUUCAGCUUCUACCUCCACCAGCACGGCUGAUAGUAUAACGCGCCGCGUCAUGCGCAGCGCUUCUAUCUCCAGCAGUCUUCUCAGACGUAGCCUCAGUGUGACGCGGGAUACGAAGCAGGGCAGCGCAGCCCCGACGAACGGUGCGGGUAAGUUCCGCCGCCACAUCUCGAAUGUCUUUGGGCGAUUGAGCGCUCAUGCUCAUGGGAACCGGGCUAGAAAGCACACGAACUCCUCCUUUGCGUCAUCCAGCUCAUUACCGACACUCCCUGCCGAGCUAUGGAUGUUGAUCCUGGAGUUCUCGACCUAUCCGAAUCUAAGCGCCGAAUCAGUUCCCCCAUUGGAUAUCCCGUCUUCAUUCCGGUCACCUGCUUUGACACCUGCCUCGCUCGGUGCCAGAUUGGUAUACUACCGAUCUCUGAUGGCACACAAACGCGCGUUGUCGCUGGUUUGCCGUGCUUGGCACGUGUAUGCGCAGCCCGUGCUUUAUACCUCCAUAUGGAUCUCCCGCUCGCGGCAGGCCCGAGCCUUGGCGCAGACUCUCCUUUGCGGCGCAUGCUGUCUCUCGCCGCAAUCACCGCAAGCCCGGGGUGAAGGGCCGGGCCGGUUUAUCCGGCGGCUGCACAUCGAAACGAGCACUCUCGAGCGGUGUGACGUGGAGGACCUGCGCCGUAUAUUGGAUUACGCACCGUGCCUGGAGGUCUACUCGGACUACCGCUCGGUGCGGAGGGUCAUGGCUGGUGUCUGUAUUCCGAAGAAAAAGCAGUCGACGACGCCCGAUGAUCUGUUCGAGUCCUUGGCCCACGGUGGUGGCCUGCGUCGGCUGAGUUGGACGAGUUACGACGAUCCGACGCUUGUUGGGCUUGGGGUCGGCCUCGGGCGGGGCGUCGCUGGACAACUCGAGUACCUCGAGCUCAAUUUUGUCUCGAGCACGGUAUCUUCCUCGAUCGCAUUGACAACAGUCGUGCCCAACGCGGGGCUACAGCUUCCCGCGCUCCGGACGUUGAAAGUGACGCUGGACAACGCGACGUUCGCAGUGCUCUCGACUUGGGGUCUGCCGGCGCUGCAAAACCUGAGCGUCGUCUCCGCCGACUUCUCAUAUGCAUCCGAAGGAUUCCGGCGCUUCUUCACUGUCCAUGGGAAGCGCCUGCGACAGCUCGAGCUCGGGCAUGGGUACGGCGUUGCCGGCGGUAACGACGAGACGUGGGUGACCCCCCGGGGUGCGAAUGGCCUGCAGCUGAGCCUUGCGGCGUGGUGCCCGGAUCUGGACGAGUUCAUUUGCAGCGCAGAUGCGGAAUGGAAUUGGCAGCACCCAGACUGGAUCGCGCCGCACACCCUGCUUCCCUCGCACCCGAAUGUGUCGUUCAUCGGCAUCCGCGGGAUCGACAAACGCAUGUGGGAAGACCGAGGCGACGACACCUUCUUCGGGCUGCGAGAGCAGGUCGAGAGUUUACUCCGGAGAGAGGCGUUCCCAAGGCUGAAGUAUGUGAGGGACAUGAGCGAGGGAAGCGAUCGGAUGCGGAAAGGGCUUUGGGGCUCGGAUUCGCAUCCUGUCAGCAAACGAGAACGGCAAUCGGUCGUGAACUUCUGGGCGGGUGUUUUGAAACGAUGUCGUGAGGAAGGAGUCUGGCUCGAAGAGUGGUGUGGUGUCAAUAUCACCAAUAACACCCUCUUGAGAGCCGAGGCACAUGUCAACGGACAGUAACACAUAUAUCUACACUCAUUUUCUAGCUAUCUUCUUGCUUUGCGUAUAUACCAUGUAGCCUCAAAUAUCAAAUCUUGUCCAUGCAGUUUCACGGCAUCAAUAGAACAGUUCUAUCGGUGCAAGUAUCCCAUCGAUCCAAGUAUCGUCAAUCUCAAGCCACCGGCCCACUCGCCGCAGCUGGUGGUGGAUGCUAAAACACAUGAGGGAGUGCCCAGAGCCCGUUCGCUCUGCUUCGGGCGUUCAGCGUUGGGAUAAGUCCGUCGCCGGUACUAGCACCGGCUCGAGCUGAGGUCAGACCUUUGCAUUGAAUUGCGAGAGGGGGGAGAUGAUAUCGGAUUCGGCGGCAUCUUGAUCUGGGCAAUGGGCGGAUGCAACCCAAUUUGGGAGAUGAGAGUGAGGCCAGGCAAGAGCUUGCUCGAGGUCCAUACGCGCAAAACACCGAGUGAGGAAAAACGGAUGCACAGAAACGUUAGUAGCGGCUCAUGAGCAGCUAGCUACCUUCCCAUCCUCGGCGAGAUCACUAUCUCCCCCAGCUGCGAGACCAAGGCAUUGCAGAUUUGGGGUGACCAUGGCAGGGAACGAAGGAGGCUGCUCUCUUCGAGACGGCCAUCGACCUGGUAGCCGCGCAGACCCGGGACCAUCGGGUAAGACCGCGUGUCGGUGCCGUCCUACUCGGGAGUGAAGCAUCAGGUCUGCGUGUUGCUCGUUGGCUGGACCCGCCGUUGUGGCAUCGGGUACUCUCCCAAGUACAAGGAUCCCAAUCCUCAUGGGAGCCCAUUCACCACAGCGAUAAUAUUCCAGAAAAGUACGUCUCUUCUCGGGAGGUGCACGACAACAGUCAAAGUACGUAUGGAACUCGGCUCCCAGUGUCAGAAUCACACCCCGACCACGUCUCAUCUUGGGUAGAGGACUCUAAAUGGGUCUGGCAACCGCUAGCCGUAGAGCUCGGCUGCUGAGGUCGGAGGCGCGUGGACGGCGACUUCAGAGUCUCGGUCAUAGUAUGCGAAGCGGAAAGAAAGGGUCCAGGGAUUGUCUUCGGCAAUGUAGGCUUCGCGUCGUUCGGGGAGCGGGGCACAAUAUUGGGUGAUGUGGAAGGUCAUUUCGGCCGGUGGCUGAGUGAACAAGUUUUUGGCAGCAACAGGGUCCUGUGAAAAGCGGAUCCUUUGAGGGAAAGCUGGCAACUAUACAGGACGCGUCUAGCAUGAAUGAAAAUCAAAGGAAUGAGAGGUGAAACCGGUGCGUUGAUAGUCAAUAUACAGAUCAAUCCUCUAUAUCUUCCAAGCUCCGCUCGAUGUAGACAGACCGGAACAUCCUCUCCAGAUCGUCUGUGGCCGCGCGCGUAACGUCCUCCCAGAGGGCGCUGGAACGCAUCUCUGCCCAGUCCGGAUCCUCAGCGGAGAUGAUAUCGAAUGCGUCACCAGCCCAGAUGCCCCGAUGGAUAGGCGUCUCGUUGCAGUCGAUAGGAUCGUCGAGCGGACCUUCAGACGACCAGCAAAUCCGGGAGAGGACAACGUGCCCCAGAUCCAAGAAGUUCUCCACCUCGCGGCCGUCCUUGCUUCUCCAAUCGGUGUACUUUUUGAGCAGUGCGACGUCCAUAUCGUAGCCUUGCACAUACUGCUUCCGGGUGAUAUUCCUCAGGAUGAGAGGGUGUGCAGGCCAGACGAUGUCUUCCUGCUCCAGUGACCCCCAGCUCUGCAGCGGAUGGCACAACUUGAUGGCAUGCUGGAUGUCCAAAGGCCGCUCUUCGUAGUAGGCGCUCCCGUUCAGAUCUCGGGACAGCUUCGUAUGAGUGAAAGACAAAUGGGGUGCCUCAGCGGACAGGUGAUCGAUGAGACACGGAUAAGUGCUGUUCUUGGUGUUGAGUAGCUCAGUCUGCUCAUCCGCGGACAGGAUAUGGUCCGGUAUUUCACUGAUCCAGAGAUCUACCUCGCAGCAGAGGACGCGAUGUCCAGUCCACCACAUGUCAGCUACCUCACGCUCGAGAUAUGCGUAGAUGUGACGGCGCCCAAGAUCCCACAGCAUUUGGCAAGACAUGGCAGCAAAGACCACAUCAAGCAUGGCCUCAGAGAGGAUGCCAAAGACCAUGUCAAUAAGCUCGGCUGGUAGACGAUCGAGCAACAUGGAUUGCCUGCUUGGAGAUGAUAAGCAACAGUUAUUCACUGGCUCGAGUCGAACGUGCCUUUGGUCAGCCCGAGCAGGGCACAAGAACCGAAUUUGGUUGUGGUAGCUGAGUAAUCGUCAGCACCAUUGAACAGCGUAUUCUAGGAGGCGCACACGUUACCUCGCCCUCUCGUCGGAAAGGCCGUCUAUUUCGCUAGCCGAUUUCCUUCGGUACUCGAAAUGUACCACAUGAUCUGGCAUGCAGGGCCACACGAUCUUGUCCAUUGCUACCAGCUUCACGCGCAUGAGCUUGCCGGCCAGGAUAUGCGCGUACCGACUGCCAAAGAAGCAAUAGCUAUCGAGUCGUUCGAGACGGAACAGGCGCGACCGUUGAGUGAGGCUGAUGACAUUCCAGACUUCGCUCAUGGACGUUGAAAAGGGGAAAGACUAGGCGGACAUGACAGACAAUAACUGAUCGUAUGCAAAGUGACUGAGUCACAGUGGUCACGGUCUGUUAAAGCACACCUCUUGAUCUCAAUCUUAUCCAAUCCCGCAUCGAAUCCGCUCGAAGCGUUAUAAACUGCCUGACUCAGCCACAGGUCGUGUGCCAGUGCUGCGCUCAGAGGCCGGUGUCCGUGGGAAACUAAACUGUCGUGUGAUCUGCCUAUCAGCUCCCUUCAAGUUACAUGCCCACGACAUUCAAAUAGCUCGAAGCUCGCUUCUGAUGUCGUCCGUGAAAGUUUCCUGCGACAUACCGCCAUGCCCAUCGCGGCCCUGCGCGCUCUCCGGUCUCCCCGCCUCCUCGUCUCGUACUCGCUACUUCUUAUCACGACAACGCACGCUCUCACGAACAUAACGAUUGACGAUACGGACACGACAUCCAUCGUGUACACCGGCCAAUGGUCCGAAUUUGCCUCCGAACUCGACUAUGGCGGGAGCCACGCGUUCAGCAGUGACGCGUCCGCACUCGCGACGUUCUCCUUCACCGGCGUCGCGGUAUACUAUCUUUCUCCGCGAUGGCCGUAUGCGGUCAGCACUAGCUUGACGCUCGAUGGAGGGCCGGUGGUGGCGCUCAACCUCACUGACCCGCUGGUGUCACCCAUGCCGGAGGGGGGCUCAGAGUCGGCAGCAUGGGCCGUGAUCUGGUCGGCUACGGGCCUGGCGAAUACAUCGCAUAGCCUGGUCGUGCAGAUGGCCCCAGUGGACGGGAUCUACGUCAUUGUCGACGGAUUCAUCUACACGGUGGAUGAUAGGAUCUCAAAUGCUCCAUUCCCUUCCAAAAAGAGGCGAUCUAACACACUAGCCAUUGCGCUCAGUUCUGCUCUGGGGGGCAUCGUCCUCACAAUCAUCGCUGCGCUUACGAUCAUGUUUCUCCGGCGCCGGCAGAAUCGCCGGGACGUUACGCACGACUUGCGGAAAGAUGAAUUGGAAUCCAGCCACGGGCUUGUACCCGCCGCACCCACUGUCAUCCCUGCAUCCACUGUCAACCCUACUACGCCUGUCUCUCUUCCGCCGACUGUGACCGUCCCUCCAACGGUAACCUCUCCAUCGACUGUAACCGCACCGCCGACUGUAACCUCUCCACCGACACCUCCCAUUCCCUUCUUUCCAAGUGACACACCCGGAAUGAUAUCUUCCACGAAGCCCGUACCAGCGUCUCGGACUACUUCCUCUUGUCCACCUUCGAGCUACCCUGGGACUCUGUCCAUGUCCCAUCGGAUCCCGUCGAAUACUCGGUCGCUCCGUUCCCAGGCUCCGACACUGACAAACCAGAACGCAACGUUUUCUGCUGGCACGAGAUACACUCCGAGUCCAGAUCCACCAUCUUCCCCCGACGAAGUCGGCGCCGAUUUCUCCAUGGCCGGGAUCGGGGCGCAUGGCGGGCGCGCUCGAUUGAGUCAGCCUCUCCGCCCGGCGCAUCUUACGGCCCAGCGUACGGUCUCCUCCCCGGUUCUUCCCACCUCGGCGCUUGGCUCCCUAUCUGCAGAUCCUGUGCCCUCUCCUUCCCAAACUACACCGUUGGACGGCUCUCGUUGGCGGGCUAGGGAUGGCCCGCAGGUGUGCCCUUCGCUGAGCUCAAGAGCCGAAAGCACAGCCAGCGAUUCGGAUUCCCUAGCCCCGUCGUCGUAUUAUGAAGUCAAAAGUCCCGGCUUUCCAGUCUAGUUCGCUCGUGUUUGUUACUUGUUCCCACUCUCGGACGGAGGAUCACAUCCAAUCACGUGUUCUUGCCAUUCUCAUGCCCAGCUGAGUCUUCUUUACGCGGCACUGGACUCGUCGCUCUUGUAAGCAUACUGGAAAUCUAUUGACACUUAUAUCCAC